CAAGCUGGUUGUGAGUUUGAGGAAUUCAUCUGCUGUGGUGGAGAGUGACAUCAGCAGUCAGACACGGUUGAGUCACAGCACUGGACUUGUUUCAUAGACAAUUUUCUUCACACUGGACACAAACAAUGAAAUGACUUUUACCCCACUGAUCUGAUGACAGCAAACUCAUGUUCUUCUUUAACCUGUGAAUGUAGGCUGCUUGCUGUGGAUUGUAAGGAGUGAGUGUGAGAGACGUUUAAGAAGUGUUUAUAUGCCACCGGAGUGUGUGAGGAUGGCACAUGGUGUGUGGACAGUCUCUAUCAUGAUCUGCAUGGCACCGUGGAUCAUCUCGGCAACUCAAUCAACAAAGAGCCUGUAUCCAAGACUACGACUGUCUCACAAAGAGUUAUGGGAGCUGAACAGGACAUGGGUAUUCCAUGGUGAAGAGGGGCAACUACAGCACUACAGUAUGUUACUAGAUGAGACUCGGGAAAGACUGAUCAUUGGAGGAAAAGACAUACUGUACUCUCUCAACCUGGAGCGCAUCUCUGCCCCUCACAAAGAGAUUCACUGGGCCGGUUCUGAGGAGCAGGUGGAGGCCUGUUUAAUGCAAGGCAGAGAGAAGCCGGAGUGUGCUAACUACAUUAAGCUGGUGCAUCAGUAUAACAGUACACACCUGUUUGCAUGUGGGACUGGAGCCUUCUACCCUGUAUGUGCCUUUAUCCGAGUUGGACAUGGAACAGAGCAGGACAUGGAGUUCAGGAUGGAGUCGGAUCACAUAGAGAGCGGCAGAGGAAGAUGCCCGUUCCAUCCCAACAGCCCUUUAGCAUCCACUGUGUACCGAGAGGAGUUGUUUGUGGGCCUGUACACUGAUUACUGGGAGAAUGAUGCAGCUCUGUAUCGUCUUGGCAACCACAGCUUCAUCAGGACCGAAGUGGGUGACAGACAGCAGUUGAAUGAGCCCAAGUUUGUAGGGUCGGCAGUGAUCCCUGACAAUGAUGAUCCAGCUGAUGAGAAGGUCUACUUCUUCUUCAUGGAGCAAGUAGCCAACAUGGAAGGAGGAAACAAAGCUGUGUACACCAGAGUGGGCAGAGUUUGCUCGAAUGACCAGGGUGGUCAGAGGAUGCUGGUAAACAGAUGGAGCUCUUUCUUGAAGACUCGUCUGAUCUGCUCAGUGGCUGGACCAAACGGGAUUGACACACACUUUGACGAGCUCGAGGAUGUGUUCAUACUGCGUAAGAAAGAUGAGAAAAAUCCAGAGAUCUUUGGUCUGUUCAGCACAACGAGUGCUGUGUUUAAAGGGUACGCUGUGUGCAUGUAUAACAUGGACGACAUCCGUGCAGCAUUUAAUGGGCCCUUUGCACAUCGUGAACGAACCGACCACCACUGGAGCGUGUACGAAGGGAGAGUCCCCUUCCCGCGACCUGGAUCUUGUGCUAGUAAGAUAAAUGGAGGCCAGUUCUCCAGUUCUAAGGAGUAUCCGGAUGAGGCUCUUCGGUUUGCACGCUCUCAUCCCCUCAUGUUCCAAGCGGUGCAGCCCGUUCAAGGACGGCCCAUUCUGCUAGACACAGAAGGAGGGCGUCGACUCACACAGCUGGCGGUGGACAGGGUGGAAGCUGAGGAUGGACACUACAAUGUUCUCUUCAUAGGGACAGAUAAUUCUAUUGUUUUAAAAGUGAUCACAAUCUACAACAAAGAAGCCGACACAGUUGAAGAGCUUCUUCUGGAGGAAUUGCAGGUUUUCAAGGUCCCUGUUCCUAUUACAGAGAUCAUCAUCUCUACCAAAAGACAGCAGCUGUACGUGGGCUCUGAGCUGGGUGUUACACAGAUCCGUGUGCAUCAGUGUGGGUUGUACGGUUCAGCCUGCGCCGACUGCUGCCUUGCCAGAGACCCUUACUGCGCCUGGGACGGAUUCACAUGUUCCCAGUACUACCCUGUAGGACUGUAUGCCAAAAGACGCUUCAGACGGCAAGACAUCCGGCAUGGCAACGCGGUUCAGCAGUGCAACGGGCUUCAGCUUAGCGAGGAUCAGAGCAUCUCAGAAAAGCUGGUAUAUGGUGUGGAGAACAACAGUACUCUACUAGAAUGCAGACCACGUUCACUACAGGCAUCCGUUAACUGGUACAUUCAACGUGGCGUGGACAUGGAGGAGGUGAAAGGUGAUGAACGCUUGAUUCAGACCCUUCAUGGCCUGUUGCUUCUUAGAAUCGCAAAGGGAGAUGCAGGAGUGUAUGUGUGCCAGUCCACAGAGCACGGCUUUGUACAGACAGUGGUACGAGUCACUUUGGAGGUCCUGGACGAGGAUAAAGUGGAGGGUCUUUUCCAUAAAGGCGAGGAGGAGGAAGGCGAUUCCCAGCACAGAUCUCCACCCUGUCCCUUCCCCAGCCUGCCCUCCGCCCCCUCCUCUUCGAAGCUCUGGUACAAGGAUUUCAUGCAGCUGAUUGGCUACAGCAACUUCCAGCGGGUGGAGCAAUACUGCGAGAAGGUGUGGUGUGUGUCUGACAGGAAGAGAAAGAAACUCAAGGGAAUGGCACCCAAAUGGCGGGGAAGAGCACGAGCGCCACGACACGCACGGGGACAUUAAAGAUUGUUAGAAGAGAAAAUGAACUCUCGAAACUCAGUGGAAAUGAUGACAUGAUACAUAAAUGUCUUUUGAUAUUAGGACUUUUAAAGGAAUGUGCCGGGUUCAAUAAGUUAUGCUCAAUCUACAGCAUUUGUGGCAUAAUGUUGAGUAUUUUACAGAAAUGAGUAUUUUAACAUUUAUGCAUUGACCCCAUUCACUUCCAUUCCAAGUGUCUCACUGUAACACAGAUUUUUGCUUUAUUUUUAAAUAAACAAGGGAUGAUUCCUUUUUUUUUAUUUAUUGUAUUUUUUAUUUAUUUUUAUUUUUUUUUUUUAAAUCAACAUUAUGCCACAAAUACUGUUAAUUGAACUUAAUCUGUUAAGAACCCGGAACAUUCCUUUUAAUGUCCUUAUUAAGUCUUAACAUUGCAUCGUUCCUACCGAAACCAUUACGGCCAGAAAUAUCUCUACGCAAGUAUGUGAACGCAAACACUUCUAGCUACGCAAGCUUGAUUUGCGCCCCAAAAUGAGUUGGAAUGCAAUUCAAAACGCUGCACAAGUACGUGUUGCAUUCUCAGUUUUGCCAGAAGGGCCACUAUAGUGGACAAUAGCGUGAACGGUCCCCUUCUAUGCUCUGUUUUAUUUACUGCCAUCUACUGUAAUGCUGCAACAAUGAUUUUAGAGAAUCUUAAAGCUAGGGUAAUACUUCGUUUUUCCGCAUGCUGUCAGCGCUCCAGCGUUUCAAAAUAUACUCUAUUAGGGGACCUGGGUAGCUCAGCAAGUAAAGACACUGGUGUGGUACACCUGGACUCGCAAGUUUGAAUCCAGGGUGUGCUGAGUGACUCCAGUCAGGCUUCCUAAGCAACCAGUUGGCCCGGUUGCUAGGGAGGGCAGAGUCCUCCUCGUGGUCGCUAUAAUGUGGUUCUCGCUCUCGGUGGGGCGCGUGGUGAGUUGUGCAUGGAUGCCGUGGAGAAUAGCGUGAAGCCGCCACACGCGCUAGGUCUCCACGGUAACGCGCUAAACAAGCCACGUGAUAAGAUGACUGUCUCAGAUGCGGAGGCAACUGAGAUUCAUCCUCCGCCACCCGGAUUGAGGUGAGUCACUAUGCCACCAUGAGGACUUUGGGCAUUCCAAAUUGGGGAGAAUAUCCCCCCCAGCAGUCUGGCCGUCUCAUUAACACGCAUUUCAUUCAUUGAUGAUAUUUCAUACCAGUUGACAUUCAAUGAUAAAUUCCACCAUACAGUGAUUGCAAAUGACAUUUCUUUGGAUAAAUGUCCCAGAUGUAUUUAUUUAUAAAUACCUGUAGUACAUUAGCUGUUAUCUUACUCUGACCAUGCUUUAAAAAUCAAUCUGAACAGAAUGAAGCAGUUGUAUUAUCAAGUUAAAUAAAUAAAUAACUGAGUUAAAAUAUAUUUAACCACACUACAUAUAUUUAAUCUAUUUCAAACAUUAUAACUCAUUGUGAGGAGGAGGAGAGCGUGGCCGGGCCGUGAGGGUGCAAGGACGCAUGUGUCUCUCUCUCUCUCUCGAACUGCCGUCUCCGGCACUCCUGCUGAUUAAUUGACUCAGCGCCGGCCGUGCACCCUCACAGCCCGGUCACGCCCUCCUCCUCGUCACACUCCUCCCCCGCCCAAUUCAGGACGGGGCGCCAUCCAGACUGGCCUACUCCCCCCCAUCUCUGAAGGGGAUAUACUGCCCAUCCAGCCGUUCCGCCAGUCGAUGGUCCACCCCGCCUCCUGGGAAUUUGGGGAGAGAUGAGGUGAGGGAGAGGGGAGAGGGAAAGGGUGAGUGGGAGAGAGAGAGAGAGAGAGAGGGAGGAGAGAGAAAAAAUUGCUUGCCGGUUCCCGGACAUGCCGUCGCCUGGUCCUCAGCCACUCCUCCGCCCUCCGGUGGAUGACAGAUGCUCCUCCCCAGGCGGACGGCAGCGAGUCCUCCGACCCCUGGUGGCCGGAACGGCUCCUCCCCUUGCGGACGGCAGCUGCGAGAACUCCACGACAGCGCAUCCCUUCUCCUUCCAGGGUUUCAGCACCAAUGUAAAGGGUUCAGGAUGGGCAAGGAGGAGGCGGGAACUGGCAGGACAGUCGACAUAACUUUAAUGAUGUAACUGAACUUAAAACAACAUAAAACAAACAUAAACACACACAGCAUGGUCAGGUGUCUCUCUCUCUCUCUCGAACUGGCGUCUCCAGCUCCACUUUAUCUCUCUCUCUGCACUGAUUAAUUGACUUGACGCCUGUCGCACACCCUCACAGCUCGGCAACGCCUUCCUCCUUGUCACACACAUUAUCUUUAGCAGCUCUUACUUAUGCAUUAGCAUUUCAAAAUGUAUCAAUAUACAAUACUUAUCAGUAAACAGUGACACAAAAUAAAGAUUAAAACAAACAUUUAAUAAAAACAGGGUGAUACAUGCAUUCGUCGCAUCUCUCUCCCUCACACAUGGCAGUGACUGAAGCAUGUAGUUGUAUAAUUCUAAGAGCACUGCUGGUGCCGACACCCUUUGUCUCCUUCCACCUUUUGUCAUUUGCGUUUCCAGCUGAUCUGUGGUUAAAUGUCUGCUAUAGACCUCCGUGUGAGGAGAAACGGAGAAAUGCGCUUGGAUUGGAGUAUAUACCAGCUAUUGCUUUCUCAGAUCGGCUCGGGCUGAAUUAAAGCUCUGAAAACUGUUCUUCCACUAAAUUUUGAAAAAGCUGUACACGGUAAUGUUCAGAAUAUUUCUUCUGCUAUCUCUGCAAAGAUCCGUACUUUAAAAUACUCUUUCGAACACUCAUUUUAAGUGGCGUUUUGGGAACUAGACAACUACGCCGCAUGUAAACACCUUUAACCGGAAACUAGCGGGCCGCACUAUUUCAAAGCAGACGUACAUCAUGAGGCUCAGUACAAGUAGUCCAUUACCUUUGGUAUUAUUUUGGCUGUGUCAUCCUUGAAUGCGCAAGUUGUAUUCUCAUGGAAGUUGAUUAGUUGGUUGUCUGAUUGGUUGAAUGUGAAGCGUGGAAAUGCAGAUUUGAAAAUCAAAUUAAUUGUUUAUUGGGGAAAUAAAUCGUUGAUUUUCUGCACAUUUUUAAAUGUACAACUCUGCUCAAGGGCGUAGAUUUUUCUUCGACAUUGGGGGGGGUUGCAGUGUGAAGCAUUUACAUGUUUCCAUUGAUGGUAUAAAUAAUGGGGGGGGGGGGGGUUGUACUUGUUUGUUUUGAUUCCCCCUUGAAAUCUACGCCCCUGACACUUAUCUUUGGUUUUAGAAGGUAUAAAGUCUUUGCACGUCAGAAAGCUUAUGAUUUAUGAUUAUGUCGAGUCGAAUCGCAAGUCAUCAAACCCUGAGACAAACUGUAUUAACUAUUAUAUUUGGCAGGAAUCUAUCCACACUAAAUAUGAUUAUAUUAUUAAUAUAGUUCUAUUAAAUACAUUUAAGGAGUGAGGAAAAUAAAUAGUUUUUGUUACAACUAUGGCAGUUUCUAAACUGUUAUAUUUUGCAUUUAUUGUUUCUGACAUAAAUGUCAUAGUUUGAUCUAAAGAAACCAUAGUCACAUCUAACGUAAACAUCUAAAGUAAUUGGCUUUGUUUGCUUUCAGAAAUUCCAGAAUGUUUUAAUUGAGCCCAAUAAAUUAGGUGUUUUUACAAAGGACUUUCAAUAUCCCAAACAAAUGUUUUAUUGUCAAAUGUGCAUUUCAGUGGGACACAAUAUGCAACAUUAUUUAUAAUUGCACUCAUUUUUGCAAUACAUUUACAUUUAGUCAUUUAGCAGACUUAAAAACAAUAUCCACAGUAUCACACUGCAAACUUCUAUUUGUAAAACAAUAAUAAUAUCAAUAAUUUUAUUAUUUUCUGUCCUUCUCUAAUGUUAAUCUGGAGUCCUGCGACUGCUUUGAGAUACUACUCUUUAGUACACUUAAGUUUGCUACUGCCACAGUAAUGUGAAAAAGCACGUUAAGUACCAUGCAAUUGCAAUGCAUACUUGCGUAGAGUAUCGUUCUGGCCUCUAACCACAGCGAAUAUGCUGAAGAAAGAACAUGUGUCACAUUGAUUUGAAUAUAUACAGUAUGUACAGUGGGUCUUGCAUAAUGAAAACCAUUUCAGGAUCAUGCAAAUCAAAUUUCUUCUUGGACUGCUAUGAACAAUGACACAUGGCGGAGACCAGCUGUCCUCUCUUGUCAACGAUGUGAGAUUUCCUAUGAAGAUUUCACAGAACGGCUUUUUUUCCCCUCUGUUGACUGUCUGAAUUCAAGAGUUCCAAACAGAUGAGAAAGUGUGACUCACUUCUGCUUCAAAAGCCCUUCUCAGAUCGAGAAGCAACCUUGUGCACAUGCCGAUUAUAUUUAUCUCCAUUUUCAUUAUUUUAUAUAAAUUAUUCUAAACAGUGUUUUGAAGAUUUCGUAGUGGUUUUCGCUGUUUUCUUAGGUUACUUCCACACUAAUCCGUUUUCAUUUGAAAACUCAAUUUUCAGUUUCUAACGCCAUCGUUUUCCAAAGGAUGCAGUUAUAGAGAGUGUUUUGAAACACUCAGUUUUCGGUUGAUGGGAGGCGCAAAACGCAGCGAAAUCAAUGCUUUUACAAACAGCAGCGUAUCAGUGUGGACAUGGCCUUCAUUUCAACAGGACACAUAUUAAUGCAUUUUAAUUGUGUGCAUAGAUUUUAUGAGUAUUGAUCGUAAUGUAUCAAUUCUAGUGAUUAAACCAGCAUUAUGCAAAAAUAAAAAUAAUCAUAAAUAUUUCCAUGGAAAGUAGUUUGCAAUAUGCAAACAUUGCAACAUUAUUCAAGCUACUAAAUUAGAGCCAAAUCAUGGUGUAUCAUUUCAGUGACGUCACACUUUUGCUGUGUAUCAUGAUGUUGAAAAUGUUUCAUGUUUAAAUUAUGCGUUGUAUAAUAAACAUAAUAAAUCCUU